UUCCGCCCCGGGAGCCGCGCCUCCCUCCGUCCGCCCGGCUCUUCCUCCAGCCGGGUUUCCCCACCACCUGGGACCAGGCCGAGGCGCCCACCGCUCUGCGCCUGCGUGGCCUACGGGCGCCCAUCACCAUGGCAACCAGCGCCAGCAUCCCGGGAUCUUGGAGUGAAAACAUACUGGAAUAUUUUCUGAGAAAUAACCUCAUAGCAACAGAAGAUGGCGCCCUGAUCACCUGGUAUCACGCAGCAAACUGUAAGGCUCACCUCGAUGAGGCGCUGAAAAGCCCUGCUCACAUGAUAGAGGCUGACGUCCUUCUUCCAAGUGAUGGAUCCGAACACGUCCAGCCAAUCAUGGCCCACCCUCCCGAAACAAGCAGCGACCUCACUUUACAGGAAUGGUUGGGGGCAGUCCUGCAGAGCAACAAAGGCAUCAAGCUGGAUUUCAAGAGCCUGGCAGCUGUACAGCCAUCCAUGAUGCUCUUGGAAAACGUGAAGCCGCAGCUCAAACGCCCUGUGUGGAUCAAUGCUGACGUUCUUCCUGGUCCAGACGGAACUAGCAGAGCAGUGGCUGCAAAGCCUUUUAUAGACACCGUGACAUCCUUCUUUCCAGAUGUGACCUUUUCCUUGGGUUGGACAACAGGAUGGCAUCCGGAGAAAGUCAAUGAUGGUUACAGCUGGACAAUGGUGAAGGAGAUGGAGCACAUCUGUGGUGAACUCAGCCAGCCCGUCACGUUCCCAGUCAGGGCAGCGCUGGUCAGGCAGUCUUCUGCGCAGUUACUGUGGCUGUUGAGUAAAUCAAACAGGUAUAGCUUGACUGUUUGGACUGGGAAAAACGAUGACUAUUCCGUUGAAGAUUUACUUUAUAUUAGAGAUCAUUUUGACAAAAGACAAGUUUUCUAUGACAUCUUGGAACCACAAAACCAUGAAUUUAAGCAAGCCAUUGGAAUCAAAGUGAAUCUCUAAGAAGAAGGUUCUCCUAAGCAGGGUGAAUCUCUGGCUUCUGGUGAGACUGGGGUUCGAACCUGCAGCUCAGCUGAGUGCCCUGAGGGCUUUUGUGCAGAGUCUCUGCGCUAGAUCAGCAGUCUGCACCCCUUGCAAUUUCUCUCUGUCUCUAAUAAAUAAAUGCGUGAAAAGAUGAAAACAAAUAAAAAUAAAUCUCCUUUAAAAA